GCUGCCGCCACCUACCGUCGUCCGCCAUCAUCCAUUCCUCGCCCAUCGAUGCGUACGAAGUCCCCACCGGCCACCCCGCCUCAACCACUGCACCACCAUGACGCCUCUCUCUUCUCUCUCCCCCAUUGGGAUUCUCUUUCCCUCCCUCGAGGGGGUGAGGAGUGAGGACAGAUGAGCAGACAGAAAGUACAGGCCGGGGGAGGGGUGGCCAUGACCGUGUCCACCCCCAAUCCAUGCUUUUCCUAAUGGACCAUGACAUUUCUAGAGAGAGAGUGUGACAGGGAGAGCAAGAAAAUGGACGUAGCGCGCAGGCGUGCACGAUGCGCUGGACUGCAUCAUCACAUUGGCACCACCACCUUCCCCUCUCCCCUCUCUCUCUAGUCUACACAGAGAAACCCACCACCAGCAACGCAGCAACAACACAAACACACGGGUUCCAAGAAUGCCCAAGAUGCGAGAGACCUUCCCCUUCUCGCGCAGACGGCAGAUGUGUGGAAGCAAAUCAGAUCUCCCUGAAGCGAGCAAGGCAAAAGGGAAAGGCGAGACGGCGCCCAACUGUACUACUUGUCUACUUCCAUCCACGCACCAUUACCACCGCUGCCCACCCACCCUCCCUCCUGUCUACUACUACUGCUGGUAGGAUGAUGGGUACAGAGAGAAACAUCAAACAAGAGAAAGACGAGAUGAGAGUUGAAACUUGAAGAGUCGGUCGGUGGCGUUUCUUGCCGGGCGUGCUCGCUCGCCCUCCUGUUGCCACCGAUGGGCCUUUUUGGGUUUUCGGCACCACCUCGCCUCACUCAUGGGUCAGAGCCAGGAGAGCUCCCCUUCACACGCCGUCCCCGCGGCAGGAGAGAGAGAGAAAGGGAGAGAGGGGAAGCGCCGGGCGCAAGAAACUUCCCCCACCUCCACCUCCUCCUCCUCGCCUUCCGCCUUUAUUUCUGUAUUGUCUCCUUCCUUCCUCGUUCCUAUCUCCUUCUCCGUCUUUCCUCCUCUCCUCCUUUGGUUUCUUGGGGGAAGGAAUUUGAGGGGAGGUGAGGCGAGGCGGCCAUGAAGAAGGCCAAGGUCAUCCUGGCCCAGCCGGCGGCGGGGGCGCCGUUGCGGCCGUUGGUGCCGCGGCGGUCGCCGCUCUCUCCCGCGCCCGGGCCGAUUCGCGGUGGUGGGGAAGAGGCGGCGUACAGGGCGAGCCUCAGGUACCGCGGCCUCCUCCAGGACUACCGGGAGCUCGUCAAGGAAACCGAAGCAAAGAAGAGGAGGCUGCGCAUGGAGAAGCUCAAGAAGCAGAGGCUCUUGGCUGAAGUCAAGUUCUUGCGGAGAAGGUUCAAGUCCUUGUCUGAAAACCCAUCCCAGACAGUUGUUUGUAGAGUGAGGAAUCCAGCAAUGCCGCCCACAUUGCGGAUCGAAGCUUGGGCUGAGGACGCCAAGCACCGGUCGGUCGGAAGCUCCGGCAAAAGCCAGGCGGUGCAGCUAAGACAAGAUGGUCCUCCAAUGGUGCCUCCGGUGAUUGACCUCAACGAGGCCUGUGAGCUGAGUUACGAUGAGGUGGAAACUGAAGAGUUUCAUGGUUACCCGGAGCAGCUAAGCAUCGACAAGGUGAAGAGGUACCCGUUGGAAGGUGUUGGUGCUGCUGGUCCAAGUGACGUGAAAAUGCCCGUGUUCUUGGAUGUCCGGAAUCCGGCUGGGCAACCUGGGAAGAAGAAGAUCUCAUGGCAGGAUCAGUUAGCCCUGAAAGUAUAGGUAGGUGAUGAUAUGUAGUGAUGGUAGUCGAGGAUCUAUAUGUGUAGUCGCUAGCCCGCUAGUUGUAAAAGAAUCCUUGGGAGAAACUGGAUGGGUGCUUGCUCAUGUCUCAUGAUGAAAACUUGGGGGUGUCGUGUGCAUUAUCGACCACUGAUUUGUUUAUGGUUCCUCCUUUUGUGGUGGGCUAAUGGUUCUACUAUUUAUUUUAAAUAGAUAUCAUUUUAUAAUA